AUGCAGAAGGCCUCGUUCCUCGCCGCUCUCGUCCUCGCCAUCGCCGGCUCGGCCAUCUUCGCUGCGGGUCAAGACACGACCAAGGCGACGCUCUUCAUCGGGUCGUCGCAGAACUCCGCGGAGAGCGUCGUGUGCCUCAACGGCCAUUCGACCUGCCGUGCUCUGAGCGCGCUCGAGGAGGAAGAAGCCGAGAGCAUCGUCCUCAAGCCGCUCAACGAGACGUCGGGGGACAAGGAGAUCGUCUGCUUCGGCAAGUACUGCUGCACCCGCUGCUACCAGUACCGCAACCGCAGACUGGAGGAGGUCGUCGACGAGCACCGCCGCCUCGAAGUGACGGGCGAGAGUCACGUCCAGGACAUCGCGUGCGUCAGUGAGCCCUGGGGGCUGCAGUGCAACUGA